CCUUGGUCACUGCCUCUCGCAGUGCCCUCGGCGGUCCCCCGGAUCUGUCUCUUGCUUCAACAGUGUUUGGACGGAACAGACCCAGGGACGCUCCUUCUUCCAGUCUUCGACCACCCUCCAACCUUUUUUCCAGUCGCAAACUUCGGAACCUUCUCAACCAUCCUUGGCCUGCGAGACCAGUCAUCACCGUGUUUUGAGCUUAAUUCCUUAUUGCCUAACAACCAUGAGCUCUCAGAUCCGUCAGAAUUAUUCCACCGAGGUGGAGGCCGCCGUCAACCGCCUGGUCAACCUGUAUCUGCGGGCCUCCUACACCUACCUCUCUCUGGGCUUCUAUUUCGACCGCGACGAUGUGGCUCUGGAAGGCGUGGGUCACUUCUUUCGCAAGUUGGCCGAAGAGAAACGCGAGGGCGCCCAGCGUCUCCUGAAGAUGCAAAGCCAGCGUGGCGGCCGUGCCGUUUUCCAGGACCUGCAGAAACCUUCUCAAGAUGAGUGGGGUAGAACUCAGGAUGCCAUGGAAGCCGCUAUGAUCAUGGAGAAGAACCUGAACCAGGCCCUUCUGGAUCUUCAUGCCCUGGGUUCUGCCCACGCAGACCCCCAUCUUUGUGACUUCCUGGAGACCCACUUCCUAGAUGAGGAGGUGAAACUCAUCAAGAAGAUGGGCGACCACCUGACUAACCUCCGCAGGCUGGCCUGCCCCCAGGCUGGGCUGGGCGAAUAUCUCUUCGAAAGGCUCACCCUCAAGCAUGACUAAGAGCCUUUGGAGCCCAGAGGCUUUUGAGGGGGCCCCUCUGCAUCCCCUUGGUGUUGGCCUUGUGCCUGAACCUCUCCCUGCAACCAGUAGACAGCCUUCCAACCAUCUUGGAGCCCUCUACCAUGACUUGGACCAAAUUGAAACAAUAAAGCUUUUUGCAACAGCUG